CUAAUCUGAAGUAUAUGGAUGAAAUAUGUUAUAUUAUACAAUGAAAAUCAAUAAUUUCCUUUUUUGUUCCUGUUUAUAACUUCACACUAUAAUGCUAAGACUCAUUCAUAAAUCUUUGAAUUUGUUUAAAUUUAUUUUCCCACAUUAUAGUUCAUCAAAAAGAUAGUAGAAAUUAUAAAUUUCUUUUAAAUUGCUUGUAGUUGUAGUUUGAUAUUACAACCACAUACACUAUCAGGCACAUGAGAGGAUGUGGUAGUACAACAGUAAUAGAUAUUGGAAAAGAAGACAGAUGUUGAUAGCAAGUUGCUAAAUUCUAAGUAAAUAUAUAUUAUAAUGAUAAAAGUAACACCUAAGAAUCUGUUACGCAGUAGAGAAGCAAGUACCUACAAUGUUUGUAUUACACAGAAUCUUGGGAGAAGUCCUCAACUUGUACUGUAGUAUUUUCAUAGACUUAAAUUAUAUUUUAACUUUUCACCUGUACCUGUGGUUGUUUAUGUUCUCUAAAUGACUUAAAACCAACACAAAGAAUAUUCUGGUAAUUUGUUUUCAGCAUCACGUAUUUUUUAUUCAAGAAAAAAGUAUUUGUCAAACCUUGCAGAAAUGGGAGCUUUUGAUCUAACUUAGGAGUAAAUAACAGUACACAAUAUUUUAUUAAUACAUCCACAUAACCUUAGUAUGAUCUGACUUGUGCUUGGAGGAUGUAUACUAAAAAUUACAUUGGAAGAUAACAUUUUAAGACAACAAGGGGUCUGGUUUUCCAUUGAGGAUAUCCCAUCCACUAAACUAAAAAUUCAAAGCCACCUUUUAUUCAAAUAUUUAUUGAGCCUUUGCUUAAAUUUAAUGUAUCCACAUCUGUGGGCAACUCAUUCCAAAGGCCAACCAUCCUGUAAGAAAAAUAACUAUCUUUAGCUCAAGAUAACUUGUACUCUUCAAAAAUUUAUAUUUAUCACCCUCGUCAUAUCAUUCUCACCAAAGGUUAUUCCUGUCAAUUUAUACAUGAAUAAUUUAUAUUAUUAAACCCAGUUACAUUACCUUGCAUUUACUAUAAUUGAAAGCAAUCUGCCAUAUAUUUGUCCAACUCACUAAGUGAUCUAAAUCCUUUUCUAAAGCAGCAGCAUCCUCUUUACAAUAAGCAACACCUUAGUCCUUAUUAUCAUCAACAAAUUUAAAUAAUUUAUCAUUCAUUCCUUCUUCUAUGCCAUUGAUGUAAAUAAAAAACAACAAAUGUCCUAACACUAAGCCCUAGGCUACCCCAUUUGUGAUGUUAAUCCAAUUUGACUGAACUCUAUUUACAACCCUCCGCCUUUCUUCCACCUAGCUACUUUUCUAUCGAAUAAGCCAACUUAUCCCACAUACCUCUAGAGACUUUUUUGGCAUCUUCUAAAAUGCUUUUUGAAUAUCUAGAUACACCACAUCCGUACUUUUACCCUUGUCAACAUUAGCAGUAAACUCAUAAAAAAAAAAUGUCACAAGAUCACUAAGACAGAAGUUCCGCUAAUGACUAUCCCAUAUAAAUUUAAAUUUUAAGUGAAUGUGCAAAGUAUCAUUUAUUAGACUUUCAAAACUUUUCCUUCUACUGGUGUAAGACUUAUAGGCCUGUAAUCACUAGAACAAUUUUAAUCAUCUCCCUUAAAAAGAAGAGUAACAUUAUCUUCCAAAUCUUCUGGCAUAUGUCCACUAUUGAAGGACUAACAAAAACAUAUUAGCAAGUGGCUCAUAUAUCCACUUCUUCAAUACCCUUAAUGGAAAUAUUUGUUCAGGAGCCUUAUCAUUAUUUAAAAUUCCCAGUUUUUUUCUCAAGAAGCCCAUAAUAAAGAACAAGAAGUUGGAAGUUUGUAGGUUGCAAAGGGAUAAAGUAAAAUUUUAAUUUAAGUCAUUUUAGUAAAGGUAUUUAAACACUACUUUUGCAGGUUCGUCCAUUUAGUUGGGAUCAAUAACUGACGAGGGGUAAUGCUAAAGAAAAGGGGUUGAUGGAAAUGUUUGAAAAUUGUUUAAUCACUUCUUUGAAAGCUUAAUUUUAGUUGUUUAAAAUAGCUUAAUUUUGCUUACUAAAAAAAACAUUAAUAAAGCUCAUUUAUAUUAAUGGUUUGUUUGUUUUUCUGUAAGCAGAGUUAAGCUCAUAGGACAAAAACUUUGAAGAUAUAAAUAAUUUUUGUAUUUGAAGUUUUCGAAAUAUAUGUGCAAGAUUGGGCAAGAUAUACAACCUAUUAAUAAAUAAAUUGAACAUAGUUUAAAUAUGUGAUUUUAUAUCAAAUGUAAGAAUUUUUUGUGAGCUGUUAUAUUAAACUUAUGACUUAAUGUGAAGGUUACUGUUUAUAGAAGUAAGCUUUCAAGGAACUGGGUAUUGGUGUUAGCGUAUGUAUCAAUUAGUCUGUGCAUGUUUUGUAAGUUCUGUUUAAUAUUAAUUUCAUUAAUAGUAUUUAUUAAAAUGUUUAAUGUAUAUAUAUUUUAUUUGUGUUGUUUAUAAUAAGCAUGUAAGAGAGGAUAAUUUUCCAUUUUUAGCUUAGUAUAUAAAUCUAGGACUAACCUAGGUUUGGAAGGUGACCAAAAUUAUUAAUAACAAUGAGGAUACCCAGCUGAUUAAUCAAUGCUUUUAAAUCAUUAUAAAGUUUUGAUGUGUGAUAUUCAUACACCUAGUUAUGAUAAUGCAUUAAAUUGUCUAUAUUAAUUGUUAGGUUAAUUUUUAAUAGAGAUCUACGUAAAUAACUUGUUUUUAUCAGAAGUCAAUGAUAAUUUCUUGUAUGAUGAACAGGUUUAAAAAGUUUCUUGUUUGUAAUAUGGCACUGGAUAAACUAGACCAAAAAUGAUUCACAAGAAGAGUGAACACCGUCUAACAUAUCGUUGGCUACCAUCUGAAACAUCUUACCAAAUUUGGAAGGAAAACUGGAAGUAUCGUACUUCUCGACGACAAAGAGAGUUUCAGCAUGAGCCUUUUGAGUGGAAUGAAGAGAGCUGUGAUUGUGAUGAGUUUGAAGAAAGUAAUUCUCCCCUACCUCCAUCUCGACUGCAGUUAAAACAUCUUCAGUUGCUAGGACGAGCUCAACGUGAAGGACAUAAUAAACUACCUACCUGUGAUAAGAGUGUUCAGACUUCUGAAUCAUGUGGUGAAACGAGAGAUUGUCAGUUCUUGUCCCCAGAAAAGGGUGUUCAAACCAGUCUCAAUAACUUUGAGCAUUUGGAAAAUACACAGGAACUACCAGAGCAGAAGGAAUUAAGUCACCAAGCAACCUCAGGUACAUCACCCACCAGAGUUUGUCAGUUCUUGUCCUCAGAAAAGGGUGUUCAAACCAGUCUCAAUAACUUUGAGCAUUUGGAAAAUACACAGGAACUACCAGAGCAGAAGGAAUUAAGUCACCAAGCAACCUCAGGUUCUGAAAAGCCAAAAGCAAAAGAUCGACCAGUAACUGCAGGAAAUAGAAAAGGCCGUCCCAAGUCACCUUUUGCUCCUUAUGGGUGGGCUGACAACUGCCCAGAAGUGAGUGGUAAAAGAACAUUCAAUGUAAAGGCAUCAACCAUAAAUAUUCACCCAUCAGCAGUAAGAGCUAAGAGACAGAUUGAAUUACUCAACUCUACCUCCAUUCAGCCUGGAAUCGUUACCCUUCCUUCUUAUGAGGUAGAAGAUACUGCAGAACUACCACAGAAAAUCCCUGCUAUGUUUAAGGAUCAACCUAAACAUUUCCCACAGAAACUUCAUAAUGUUCCCGCUGGAAAAACCCGCACUUCUAACUUUGGUUCUGUUCAAUUUGUCAGAGAUAACCUAUUUCCAGUUGUGAGUAAUUCCAGUGCUGUUUUUAUAAAAUUGGCUCCUGACCAGAAAUGGUUGACUGAGUAUAAAAAAAAGUUUUAAUGGUACCAACAAUUGACAUUUACUUUUUCAUUAUUUUCAUUUAAUAAUUCAUGAAAAGACAUGCAUGUAAUCUCCAUUAAAUUAAUAUAACUUUUUAUUUUUGAAUAAGUACGGUAUAAAGUAAAAUAUAUAUUUUUUAAGCAGUCAAAUUUAUAUGCUUAUAAGUUUGAUGAUUUUAGGUUGCUGAAUCAGUUGUGAUUUUAUAUCAAAAUAAUUUAAAACUUCACAUGAUUAUGUAAAACUAAAAUCAGGAUAAAAACAUAAAAAGUUUGAUUUCUAAUGCUGUUUUAUGUAAUGUCACAGGUUCUUCUUAUGAUGGGUAGUUUUCUCUAUCAUGGACGUACUGGAAAUUUUAUAUUUUGAAAGUAGUAAACAAUAUUUUGUCAAAUUGGAAGAACUAGUGUUGUGUGAGUUUCAAAUAUGUGUUUUGUUAAUGCCAUUUUUCAAAUAUACAUAAAUCCUAUGAUUCCAGCAAAGAGGAAAUUCAACUUUUGUUUCUUAUCUUUACAUUAAUCUGGAUGUAUAAGUCCAAUAUGAGGCCAGUUGGUAGCAAUUAAAUACCAUUUUGAACUUGAUUUAUUAUAUUACAUAGUAAUGUGUUACAGUGGUGAGACUACUGUGUCAGAAGUCUUGUUUGUUGCUGAGCAAACUUAGUUCAGCUGAGAAUUCCUUUAUUUUAUGAACAAGAAACUUUUGGAAUUACUUAGGUCCAGGUAGCAUAUCCAUGCCAUCAUUCAAAUUUAUCACAUUAUCAUCACUAUUCAAAGGUUUUGAUCUGUUAUACUGAAGGAAGAGUGAGGUGAAAAACUGUUGAAUUAUGUAAUUAUGGUCUCAAAGAUUAACUGAAAAUGCCAGGUUUUAAAAUAGAAGAAUGUUCUUAAUUAAAAAGAACAAAAUGAUAAUUGAAACCUAGAAUUGGAGCACUUAAAAAAUAUUUUUUAUUUAUCAAACUCGAUGUCAUUUUUUAAGCUUCGUUCCAGGUAUAAAUUUUUGUACCAUAACAUUAGUGAAUGUUUUGAGAGAGAAUUUUCAUUAAUAUGUAAAUUGAAUGAAUACAUAUUUAUUCAUUAUUUUUCUCAUUAAUUUCAAAUAUGUUCUUUCUAAAAGUGUACAUGUCAAGUUUAUACACUGGAAUGAAAUUUAAAUAAAGCACUACACAAAUUUAUAAAACUAUGUAACACGUCUUGCAAUAUGUUAUAACCUGAAGGAAGAAAGUAGUAAAUCUAGAAAGUGACCUUGAUAAUAAGUGUGGUUUUGAUAUAAAAUUUUAAACAUUUCUAGUUUGUGAUAACAUUAACUAGAUUGUUUUGAUAAAACAAAGGUGAAAAUGGAAGAAUUCUGUGAAAAAAAGAAACUUCUACAGACAAGAAACUACCAGGUGCUUAGCAUAGAUACCAAAACAUCAUCAAAAGAAAAUACAUAGGUAGUUUCUCAUUCAAAGAAGCUUCCUCAGAUGCCCAAAGCACUACAUAAGUU